CUCCCUAUGCUAUAGCAUAUCAUUCUAAGCGUAGUAGUGAAUCAUCGCAUUUUCAUGUGGCACAAACACUUAGUAAUGGCAUGCCAUGCAUGUUACUGUCGUGCGCCUAUCCCCCCUCCCUCGUGAAUCGUGAUGAACGCUCUCGACAAUAAAUAGACCAAUCACCCGAUCGCAGAUAGCAACGGUCGAAAGCAAAUUCUCGGUAAUUAGAUUUUCUGCACUGUAACAUUGAGUUUGAUUAUAAGGGUAUCUGGGAGCAUAUUCUAACAUAAGGACAUCUAAGAUGCGUUCAGGCAGCUCAGCUGAACCCUACUCUUGACUAAUGCCAUCUUGAUUUGACACUACUCCUCUUCGCUCUCUUCGCUUUCCUCUUCGAUCUGGUCCUCGCAAUAGUUCUGUCCACUACUCUCCUGAGCAUCUGUCUGCUGCUGCUCUUGAUCGUCAUCAUCCUCCAACGCACACCUCUUUCCAAUAAUCUGGGCGGCCCUCGGUUUAUACCCAGCCUUUAUGAUGUUGUAUCCAGCCUUAUUGAAAAGUCUAUACUUCUCGAUGGUCGUCUCCAGCUCUUUAUUUUCCCUCGGCGUUAACAAGGUGGAUGUAUCAGUGUUGAGGACCUUUGGAAUGGCUUCUCCCAGCAGAUUGAACCACAUCCGAUGAUUCUUGUAGCCAGCGACGAAGCC